GCAAGAAACAUUGAUUAUCAUACAUUUACUUCACGCAAUUGUCGAUGCUGCUCAACGUAACAGGAAUUCGGUAGUCAGCAUCAAAAAAAAUGAAUCUGCCGGGUUUAAACCAACAUGAUACCCUUGCAAUGGCCGCCGCGUUUUGUGCGGCGAAGGUUUCCAACGCUGACAUUGACUGGGAGAAGGCGGCAAGGUUGAUGGGGAGCAAGUCCGUUGCAGGUGCUAGGGAGCGUCUCCGGGUCGCGAAGAAGAAGGCGGAAAGUCAUGACGACACGAACGGCGUCUCGACGUGCAGAAGUGUAUCAAAUGCCCCUGUCGGUGGCGUCGACAAGAAGUCUCCUGGCAAGCUAAAGAAAGAGAGUCCAAAGAAGGCGACAAAAGUCAAGAAAAUCAAAGUAGAAGAAUCUAGCAAGCCACAAAGAGUGAGAGACGAUGACGAUGAAGUUUAAAGGUGAAGGUGAGGAUGUCGCGGAGCU